GUGCAUCCACAGGCUAAACGCGAAAUGAAAUUCGAGGGAGUUGUUGAACCAGUCUUUCAACUCCAGUACUCCACCACACUAAUCGGGAAAGUCGACGCGCCGUGUGACAGCAAUAUAACUUUAUCGUCUUUAUCGCAUUCUGAAAUCUGAGUUGGCAUGAGGAAAUAUUAACGAUUACACUAAGGCAACAGACUUGUAUUUAUGGAUGGAAAAAAGCAUCUGCCGGGUUUCACACAAACAGUGCAGCCUGCUACAUGGGCAUAGUUUAGCCAACAGUGGUCUACAUUGCGAAACGACUCAAGGCCAGAGAAAAGCGCUUUUGACAUUCUUUCUAUAUAUGGAAUGCAGUAGCUGUGGACGGAGACGAGAGACAGAGACAUAGAGAGGGAGGGAGGCACGAAGGAGGCGAAGAAAGAAAAACGGCAUGGCUCAGUUUAAACUACAGAAUGUAGAGGAUUUCUAUGAGAUCGGAGAAGUGCUUGGAAGUGGACACUUUGGGCAGGUGCGCGCGGUGCGGGAGCGCUCCUCGGGCGUCCGCUGGGCGGGCAAGUUCCUGAAGCUGCGGCGAAGCGCCAGCAGCCGCCUGGGCCUGGAGAGGCGGAGCGUGGAGCGUGAGGUGGAGAUCCUGCAGGCGCUGCAGCACGUCAACGUCAUGGCCCUGAAGGACGUGUUCGAGAGCCGUGUCGAGGUGGUGCUCGUCGUGGAGCUUAUCUGUGGUGGAGAGCUGUUUGAUUUCAUAGCUGAGAAGGAGAACCUGUCAGAGGAGGAGGCCAUUGAGUUCCUUAAGCAAAUCCUCAAGGGAGUUGGCUUCAUGCACAGCAAACACAUCGCCCACUUUGACCUUAAGCCAGAGAACAUUAUGCUGGCGGACAAGACGGUCCCCCACCCCCACAUCAAGAUUAUUGACUUUGGACUGGCCCAACGCCUCACACAGGGAGAAGAAUACAAGAGCCUCUGUGGAACUCCACAGUACAUUGCCCCGGAGGUGAUCAACUAUGAAGCCCUUAGUGAGGCAGCUGAUAUGUGGAGCAUUGGUGUUAUAACUUACAUAUUGUUGAGUGGCAUGUCCCCAUUCCAAGGAGACACAGACGAGGAGACGCUACGCAACAUCGUGGGGAUGAUCUACGAGUUUGAGGAUCAGUUUUUCAGCCAAACCAGUGUCAUGGCCAAAGACUUUAUCGAGAAGCUGCUCAUUAAGGACCCAAUAGAGAGAAUGACGGCAAAUGAAUGUUUACUACACCCCUGGAUAAAGCCACUGACGCGCAAACAAGCAGCCAACCGAAGCCGCUCGUCCAUCAACAUGAAGAAUUUCAAGAAGUUCAACGCCAAGAGGAAGUGGAAGAUGUCUUACAACAUGGUGUGGGCUUGCAACAGACUAUGUCGCCUGAAGCUGCUUUGUAAGACGAGAGCCCAGGAGGACGAUGACAUGAGAAAGUGUGAGAGUGAUCAGGAAGACACGGAGACCAAGCCUGCCUCAAUGAUUCGCCGAAGACUUAGCAGCAGUUCCUAAAGCCACCCAUCAGAGGGUGCCAAAGCACAAACAUGUGCAAUGAGGGUCCAGGGGCUGACUUUUAAUACCUCACUUCCUGAAGGGACAGGAGCAAAUACUUGUUGUGAGUGAUGCACAAAAAUCAGCACAGUCAUUGAAAAUUGCAGGACCUGAUUGAUUCCUGGAAAAGGUCAAUGUGCUGACAGAGUUAGUGUUUGUCUUCAAUAUACGGAAUUGAGAUCACAUAUGAAGGUUGCUGGCUAUAGAAUAUGUUCUAUAUGUUAGAAAAAUGCAUAGUAUUUUGAAUAACUUUUGUGUGGGUGUUUACUUCAUUAUGAAUCAAAUUACAAUGCAUAGGAUCAAGGAUUGAGGCAUUUUAGAGAGAUAAAUAGAUAAGAAGCAUGCUGUUAUCUAGCAAUAACUGUAGUUGUAGUAGUAGAAAACUACUAGAAGAUAGUACAGGAUUGUAGCAAUUCAAAUGUGUUGUCAGUUAGUGCCUUUCUGAAUUGAAACAGAUAUUUAAGAACAACUAGUAAAAGUAUUUAAAUAUUUCCUAAUGUGAAACCUGUCAGCUAAACCGAAUGCCUUAUAUAAGAACCAAAUCCAAACCUGAGAUUUGUGUGCCAACCCUUUUGCACUGAUUGUGCAUUGAAGUGGAAAUAAUGGUGCUGUUAUUGUAGCCGAGCCUUCUUUUGGUCCAAAGUAACAUUUCGUAUACCUUUUCAACCCUUUCAGAAAACAUUUGUGUUUACAAAUUGAAUAACUCAAACUACAUCUCUCAAUCAAUCAGGCUUACCUUUGUUCAUACAAUUUUACACAAACCAUUCUCAAUUUCAUAAUUUUCUUAAGAGAAGCCGACUUGUAUUAACCAGUGAUGCCUCACAAAUGUGUUACAGCCCUAAAACCUCACCUGAAGAACCUUACAUAAUACAAGUGUGGUGGUUUACACAAAAAGUCAUGUUUACUCUGAAGAAGUAUUAGAUAAUACCCAAUUGCUCUGAAAGUACCAAGUCAAUGAAAGGAAUAGUUAAGACUAGUUCAAGGCAAAAUCAAUGUAUUAAUUACACAUAUGUGAGGUGCAGGUGUCUCUUAUACUCAAGUUGAAUAUCACAGAAGACUGAACAAUGAAUACAGAAAAUCAUGGGAGUAUAUGGUAUCACAAUAUGGUAGGAUACACAAUGAUUAACAUAGCCUUUGCAGGCACAGAGAAAGAACUAUGUGUGCUAGCUUUUGUUUAGGUCUCUAGAUAGGGCUCCUGGAAAUGGCCUUGUCACUCUUUCGAUUUUCCUCAUUCAAAGUUGCAUGGCAUUAUACACUUUGGAAAUAUUGUGACCUCUGACUUACAUUAGUGACACAGGCCUUUCCUAGCGGCAUCUUACAAAGACCUAACUUAUGGCUAUGCAGGCAUAAGUAAACAGCAUAAUGACAGUUUAUCAAUGAUACAAGAAACAUAAUUAAUAGAUUAUUAUUAAUAGAUUUCUCUCGUGGACAUAACCAAGGGUUAUGUGCUCAUGAGCUUAGUAUUGCAAGGUAUAGAUCAACAUGUUUAUUAUGUUCAGAACAUUUCAAACAGUGUAAAAGUAAUAAAGUAAUCAUUAUCUUUAAUUGUUGUUAACUGAUCAGUGGUUCAAGGAGAGACCUCAUCAACCCAUACAAAUGAUUACUUUAUCAACCAUAGUCACACAUUUUGUUGCUGCAGAGUAUGAUGGUGGUAUUCAUAACAUGAUGUUUACAUACAUCUUAUACAUUUCUCAUGUAGCUCUCCUAAACUUUGCUUGAAAGUGUCAUUUCUUUGUUGGGCAAAGGCCAAUUAGCUAAUUGUCUCAUUUUAAAUGUCUGGGGACGGGGGAGGGGGGGGACGGGUGGUAAAGCCAUAUGUCCUAUUGUGUCACCGCUGUGGUUCUGAAUGUACAAGACUGACCACUAUCAGUUUUCAUAGUUGUUUGAAUUGUGUGAUAUAUAAUUAAAGAAAAUGUUGUUAGCACAAAAAA